CUCUCUGGGCAGCCUGUUCCAGCACCUCACCACUCUCACUCAGCCAUUGUGACACACGAAGUGUGUAGGAGUGCUAAGGCUGAGGGCUCAGGCCGAGCUCAGUUCUGACCUGGUGAGGUGAGCAGGGAGGAAGGGGCUGCCUGAGUCUGCCAAGGGAGGAGGAGGGGCCCCAGCACUUGGGGGCCUGAGCUGUGAACUCACCCUCGUCCCACUUCUCCCACAGGUUGGCACAAGAGCGUGCGGAGGAGAAAGCCCAGCGCUACUGGGACAGAGACUCUGCAAGUGCUCACUGUCGACGUGCACCACGUCCAUGGGGACAAAGAAGCCUGCCGGCUCAUGGGAGCCGGGUGAAAAAUGCGUGCUGUGCGCCCAGGGAGAUGCUGACCCAGACAUCUAUGGGCGCAAAUGGAUCAUCAAGAGGGUCUAUUUCCAUGAGUUUUGUGUGGUGAGUUCCCUCACGGCUCCUCCUUCCAUCAUCCUCCAAACAAUGGAUCCCUCCUUUCUGCCCUAACAAGAUCCCGCUCUUCUCCCACACAGGUAUUUUCUGGCGGUCUUCUUCAAGAGGCAAGAACCCAGGAGGGAAAAGAAAAUUUAAGCCUCCCUGACAUUAUACUUGCAAUCAAGCAGGCCGAGCAGAUGGUGAGAACACGACCCAAACAGGGAGGUUUGUUUCAGGAGAGGCUCGGCGAGCUUAGCCUGGUUCAAAGAAAGCAAUCCCAGCCCUUCCAACCAGCUCCAACCAGGAGCUUGCAGAUGAGCCCUGUUCCCCAGCCCUGCCCGCAUCCUGUGCCCUCCCCAAUGGUGUGCGGCCCGCUGCAUAGGCCCCGAGCCUGCCACUGAUGGAGGCUGCUCUGCUUUCUACAGCACUGCUUCAUCUGUGGCAAGAGGGGGGCCUUCAUCACCUGCACAGAGACAGGCUGUGACCGCAGCUUCCACCUCCCCUGCGCCUCAGAGGGUGAAUGUGUCACCCAGUACUUUGAAGAGUUCAGGUGCUUCUGCUGGGAGCACCGCCCGCAGAAGGCAGUGGAGGCUGUGCCAGCGCAGGACACACCCUGCAUCAUCUGCAUGGACUGCGUGGUGGGGAACAGAAGUUCAUACAGCACCAUGGUGUGCCCAUCCUGCCGACGCACCUGGUUCCACCGGACCUGCAUCCAGGUAGGAGCCCUCCCCUUGCCCAGUGGGGAGCAUCAGGCACCGCUCACGCUCACGCUACUUGUGUUUCUGCUGCAGAGACUGGCCCUGUAUGCAGGCGUUAUUUUGCACUGUCCCCACUGCAAAGACGAAGACGAAUUUUUUGAUGCAGUGGCCGCCAUGGGGAUCCGUAUCCCACCCAGAGGACCAGUGUGGGACGACAACUUAUACGCACAAAAGGGAGACAAGAGCAAGCGCUGCAAUGCCAGUGUGUGCUGUUUCCCACACGGCAGGGAGCGGGCAGGAGAGGGGCCCUGGGAACUGCUCCUCUGCAGCUCCUGUGCUGCACAAGGCACCCAUCGGCACUGUUCCAAUUUGAGAGAGAGCACAACCACGUGGGCGUGCAACACCUGUGCUGGAGAGGGCACCUCCUCCAGCUGCAACGUGGACAGUGCUGGCCCCAGCACCGCCAUCCAGCUGGGACUGGGGCCUUUCCUAAGCCCCACGGUGUCGGACAGCAGCAGCAGCUGCAGUAUCACCAGCCAGGCAUCAUCAGGUCCAGUUCACAGUUCCGAGGUGCCUGAGAGCAGCGUCCUGCCCAGACAGCGCACGACAGAAUGGAGGAGAGUCUGCUCGCGUUUACAUCGCAAUGAUGACGCGAGCAAUGAGCCCCAGGGAUGCUGCGGAAGCAGGGAUGCUGCAGAAGCAGCUGUGCUGCAGCCCUGAGUGCCGAGAGCAGUGCCUCGAACUCUGCCAGCCAGGGGACAUCACGGCUCUCGAGGCACUCCCCAGCAGUCGGUUACAGCUGCCAGUGCAGACAGGGACGGCAGGCCCAGACGCAAAGCAGCUCUCCACUGCAGUGCCGGCUCCCAGCUUCCCCGAGCCGGCUCCCACCUUGCCGUGGGAGCAGGCACUCAUGAGCCCCCAGUGCUGAGAGCUGCACCCACACCUACGCACUGCGGUGAGCACCGGCGUCCUCGACGGAUUCCGCAGGGGCGGAUGGAAGCCAGUCCAGGCGGCCAGGGUGGGCCCGAACUCGAAGCCACUCUCCUCUCAAACAUCGGGUUGCAGAGUCCCAGAGCCAAUGCCGAAGACACGUUGGGCCCAGAAUACCAACCGCUGGUCCCACUGAUGCUAUAGGAGCGGCCGUGUGUGACCCCACAUGCUGGCUACAAUCAUCAGAGUCAGUCACAAUAAAUCUGAGAGUUCCUUCAUGCCAUUGUCAUGGCAUUUUGUUCUUCUCUGCCUUUCCCGAGGUUACGAGGGCAACUUCAGGGUCAGAAACCACGGGGAU